CAGGCAAAGGGAACAGGACCCAGAUAAGGUCUACUUCCAAGGCUACUUUGAGGAUGGUGGCAUGCAGGAAACAUUGAUGUGCAAUGCCCAGAGAAGUCCUAGGCUGGUGGGGAACAGAGUACAGAGAGCCAGUCACCGGAGAGUCCUGGUUCUGUCGUCGGCCAUCUUCCCUGCCCUGCCAUGCUUUGACCUACCAUAGCAUGGGUGGUUACCAGGCAGUACUCUCCAAGUUGGAGACAACUCUUCUUAAGAGAUUCACAAACAUUAUUGUACCAUAUGAUAAUUCAGUUGUACAUGUCCAGCAACAGGGCAAUGAAACCCGUCCAAACACAAAAUGCCGUCCUGGUUUGCACACCCCAGUACCGUCUGGAUUCUACCUCCAGGAUCGCUGGACGUCCAUGGUGUGUGACUCAAAAUCAUUUCCCUCAGCUAAACUGAUAUCUGGAUGCCUGAAGGACAAACAGAUCCUUAUGAUGGGUGACUCCACUCUCCGUCAAUGGUUGGAGUACCUGGAGAAAACUUUGCCAACACUGAAACGCCUGAACCUUCACACAUCAAGCAAAUCGGGCCCCUUUGAGGCAGUCGACACCCAGUCCAACACCCGUAUCAUCUGGCGGGCCCAUGGGAUACCUAUACGGACGAGCAAGACCCCCUGGGCUGACCUCCACUACAUCGCCAGGGAGGUGGAGGGUCUGGCAGGGGGUGCACACUCUGUAGUCGUCUUCACCAUCUGGGCUCAUUUCACCACGUACCCACUGGCUAUGUAUGCACACCGUCUGGUCGUCAUCCGUAGGGCUGUGGCGUCGCUGCUAAGACGAUCUCCCACUACUCUGGUAGUGAUCAAAUCAGCCAACACGGGCUACAAGGAUGUGUACGGCAGCGACUGGCUCGCCUGGCAGCUCGACAUGGCUCUAAAGGAAAUAUUCAGGGACUUGCCCGUGGUCCGUAUUGACGUUUGGCAGAUGACCUCCUGCCACUAUUCUCCGGAUAACAUUCACCCGCCCCCCGUGGUGAUCCAAAAUGAAGUGGACCUCUUCCUGUCCUUUGUUUGUCCACAGUGAGAAAAGAGAAGCAUUCAAAAGGGAUUGUCUGUAAAAUCAACUGCAUAGAACAUGGUGGUUGUCAAACUAUUGCCUGCUUUCAGCUCUGCACUGAUUCUUCUGUCAUGCAUAAAAUAUAGUUAAGCAAUGAUUCAUUUAUAGAACUUGUGGGCUGUUUUAGAGCAAAUUGUCAUAUGUUUUAUUUUAUUUUAUUUUUAUAUGCAUUAAUUAACAACAUUCUAUGAUGUUUGCAGUCAAUGUAGAAGUGUGCCAUCUGGUAGCCCUUUUUGAGCCAUCACCUACUGGUUUAAUCUUGCCCAGGGCAAUGCAGGGUGCAAUCGCUUUUGCUAGUGCGCAUUCUCUCUCACACUUUAUUCAACUCAUCAAGGAGCCUCUCGUUUGGGUUGGG